AUGGAUACCAACAUCCAGCGGGCGCUGAAUGACAAACUCUACGAUAAGCGCAAGGUCGGGGCACUUGAACUUGAAAAGAUAAUACGAGAUCUUGUUGCCUCUGGUGCGUUUCAGCGCGUGGAAGAGAUUCUGGAACAGUUAUGUAAUGACUAUGCCUAUGCUGUUCAUCAACCACAUGCUCGGAAUGGAGGCUUGAUUGGAUUAGCCGCCGCGGCGAUUGCGCUCGGCACGGAGUUACCUCGCUACCUUGUAAACAUCGUGCCUCCUGUGCUUGCCUGCUUCACUGAUCAGGAUGCGAGAGUUCGAUACUAUGCCUGCGAGGCAAUGUACAAUAUAGCCAAGGUAGCCAAGGGGGAGAUCUUGGCCUAUUUCAAUAGUAUAUUCGAUCAGCUUUGCAAGCUUGGAGCGGACUCAGAACUGUCAGUCAAAAAUGGUGCUGAACUCCUGGAUCGACUCAUAAAAGACAUCGUCUCUGAGUCUGCCGCAUCUUACAUUUCGGUUUUGGAAACUUCUUCGAGCAUCGACGAUAAUAAUGCCACUGGCGAACAGCAACAAAAUCUUCCUACAGCUUUCUCAUUGCAGCGCUUCAUCCCACUACUCAAGGAACGCAUCCAUGUCAUCAACCCUUUCACUCGACAGUUUCUUGUUGGUUGGAUCACACUUCUAGACUCAAUCCCGGACCUGGAACUAGUCACAUACCUACCAGAAUUUCUUGGUGGGAUCCUCAAGUUCCUCAGCGAUCAAAAUGUUGACGUCAGAGUGGCCACACAAACUUGCCUUGACAAAUUCCUUAAUGAGAUCAAAAGAAUUUCCCAAGUGAAAAGAGGACUAGUUGAGAACAGGAAGUUUAAAGAAGGCGGGAAGCGGAAGCGACAAGAAUCCAUCGACAGUGCUGGCGGCCGUCCUAAUUUGGAAGAAGGAGACGAGCUGGAUUCCGAUGCUUUAAACGACGACGAUGAGGACAGCAUGGAAGAGGACUGGAUUCCUGGCCAGGAUGUAGAAAUCAACUAUAAAGAGAUACUGGAUAUCCUUACUGCUACUCUUGAUUCUCCACUAGAGGAGGACUGUCUCCUUGAAUCACUCAGAUGGAUUGUCGAAUUUCUCGAUAUCUGCCCCGAGGAGGUGCUGCCUUUCACGCCCAAGAUCCUGGCGCAUAUGCUCCCUGCGAUGGCCAGCACCAAAGAGACAAUUCGCCUUGCUGCGACCAGAGUUAACAGUUGUCUCAUGGACUACGUGGUGUCUCUGUCUGAUGAAUCUGACGUCAAUGCAAGCCAAGGAACAGCAUCGAUGAACCACCGACUCUCGUUGUCACAAGACAAGCAAGACAAUAGCAGUAUCGGCCGGGCAUCGAUAUCAAACUCAAGAGAUAACGAGAUACGCAGCGUAACGCCAGGCAGCGGUCGAGUGUCUUCCGCUGCAAUCGCCACACCUGAUGCCACCCAAAUUCAAGCGAAUCUCGAUUAUACUGCUGCUGUUAAUUCACUCACCCUACUGUUCUUAAAUGACCACGAAGCUACACGUGUAGCUGCCUUGACUUGGCUUAUCAUGUUGCAUAGAAAAGCGCCGCGCAAGGUGUUGGCCUUCAACGACGGCACCUUUCCGGCCCUUCUCAAGACUCUUUCGGAUCCUUCUGAUGCUGUUGUUACCAGAGAUUUGCAACUACUGUCACAAAUUUCACGCAACAGCGAAGACGAUUACUUCGCCAGCUUCAUGGUAAACUUGCUACAGCUCUUUUCUACGGAUCGCAAGUUGCUCGAAACAAGAGGUAACCUCAUCAUACGGCAGCUUUGUAUCAGCCUCAGCCCAGAGCGCAUAUACAGAACGUUGGCCGACUGCAUUGAAAAGGAGGAAGACGUAGAGUUUGCCAGCAUAAUGGUGCAAAAUCUUAAUAACAACUUGAUUACGGCACCUCAGCUAGCGGAAGUGCGCAAGCGGUUGAGAAACCUGGAAACAAAGGAUGGCCAGACUUUGUUCGUGGCUCUGUUCAGGUCGUGGUGCUACAACGCUGUUGCGACGUUCUCUCUGUGUUUACUUUCCCAAGCCUAUGAACAGGCAUAUCAUCUAUUACAAAUUUUUGGUGAAUUGGACAUGACAGUCAACAUGCUGAUCCAAGUCGACAAGCUGGUCCAGCUAAUCGAAUCGCCCGUCUUCACAUAUUUGCGCCUGCAACUGCUAGAACCUGAGAAAUAUCCAUACUUGUACAAAUGCAUGUACGGAAUUCUUAUGCUUCUGCCGCAGUCCUCUGCUUUUGCUGCAUUGAAAAACCGGCUCAAUAGCGUAAGCUCAAUUGGGUUCUUGCAAGUUGUUCCACGAAGCAUGGCAGCAACGCCGGCCUCCUCAAAUUAUGACCGACCAAACAGAUUGAAAGGCCGAGAGGAUGGGGCAAUACGAUGGGUUGAGCUUUUGGAGAAAUUUCGAAGCGUCCAGGAGAGAGCAAGAAGAAGCCAGCGACCCAACAUUGAGAUAGAGGACGCUCUUUCGGCUGGAGUGAGCGAAUUCCGCAUUGGAGAGCCAUCACCGGAGAGCAAAAAUCGAGACGGCAUGCGAGGAGGCCCUGCUGGACCGCCUGUUCCAUUGAAAGACCAGACACCAGCCGUAGUUUCACCACCAGUCAAAAGGUCAGGGCUUGGAAGGCAGUUUGGGAGAUUAGGAGGUGCCGUUUCGGGGAAGAACCGCCGAAAUCAGUAGAUACCAGAACAAUAGCGAUUGGGAAUGAAAGGGGGGAGCAACAGCGAUCUAUUUCUGUG